UGGGACACGACGAGAGAAUACGACAAGCAAAACAAAGGUAGAAUGUACAUACAUUGGUAAACGAUUUGAUCAAUAACAACAAUGGGAUGUCCGUGUGCGUGACUUCUCAAGCUGUUGAUCAAAUUCAUCUUAUACCGACGAAGAGGAUCAGUUGUGUCGAUACGCUGAGGCUGGAUACACGAACUAUCGAAAAAAUUCACCGAAAAUUUUCGUUUUCCCUACGGUUAUGGACUAACCGGGAUGGCCAGUUCUAGUGAAAAUUCCUAAUUGGGGAUUUUUUCAUAGGAGGCUUCCCCAAAAUACAGGAAAACGUCGUAUUGUUCGCUUCUCGUUCACCGCUGCAAGCCUUUGUGCGUUGGAAGUAUACGCUUCCGUUCCAAAUUUGCACAAAUAGAAGUCGAAUCCGCGUUGAAUACUUCUGAUUACUGUACAUCUGGUGCGAGGAAGAAAAAGAAAGAUGUCUACGCAUAUAAGCAGAGCAGAUCAGUUGCAGAGGUUGGAUGUUUUGAACAAGAGGCUUUUGCAAAAUGAACUCGAGAGAUACGGUAACAAGUUGUUUAUAGUGACUCGGCCCGUGCCCGUGCCUGAUGCGAAUCAGCGUGUCAUUAAGGAAGAUUCCUCCGAGCUUCACAAACUGGUGGAGGUGCUACAGGAUGGAUAUAAGUGCAGCCUCUACAACUUCGAGCCUAACUACCUGAAUAAGUUUUCCUCGCAGACCUCUCUAGGCGAGGACUUUAGCGUGAAACAUGUGCUGGAGAAGGUGAUGAAGCUUCACUAUACAUGUCACGAGGAGAUCGGUAAUAAUUCAAUGUCCAGGGAGAUCGUUACUUAUCGCUACAUAUACAACAAUCAAUACCGUUUUAUCAAGUUCCACAACGAUAUGGAACUCCACGACGACAUGCUGAUUCUGUUGUAUCUGCACUCCGCCAUAACACCACACGCCUUCAAAAGCAAGCCAGUCCAGCAGCUGCUGUUUAUGUUACAUAGAAAGUACCAGAUACAGAAUGCAUGUUGCAACUACCACCACGUCGGUCCAUUUGAUGAUCAGGAGGAGGACGAGGAGGACAGGGAGAAGGAGACAUUAACGGUUUAUAGAUUACUGUAUACAUUUCCGAGCAUAACGAUAAGUCUAUUUCAAGAGAAUUUGAAUCCUCUUGCAGAGGUGUCCCAAAUACUGUUUAUAGAAUUUGAAGAUCUGCCCAGCGCGAUAUUUCAUCACAUGAUAUCCACAGUCAUUCCUUGUAGCGUGAAGCCAGCGCCGACCGCACUGUUCUCGUAUAUCUUACAGAAAUUCUUGUGUUUCACUUGUGACGAUGAGGACAUAUCGUUUCAAACGUUCUUCGCGACUAUGCGACAGCUUUAUAGAAACAAUAUUUUUCCCGAGGAGAUGAAAAUCCAGCUGUGCCUUGCUUGGAAUAUCUUGGAGCAGCGUGACGGGAAAUUGGUCUUCAGUCGUGCCAUUAUGGAUGCCAACGAACGCGCUAAGUACUUGCUACAGACCACGAUGGAAGAUGAGCAUAUUAAUCAUAUUGUCAAUUUGUAGGGAGGGAAUAUAAUAUUAAUGAAAUCGGAAGAGAAAUCGCUGUAAUUGCAUGUCUGCAUGUCUAUGCUUUUCAAAUAGGACUUUUCUUUUUUUUUUAUCUAAUUGUAUUGCGUGUUCAAAUUGUAUCUAAAUUUAGUAAAAUUAUGUCAUGUCGUAACAUUAUAGAAAAGUGUAGAAAAAAAUCUCAUUAUGACUCAGGCGAAUGAUUCUAUGUUUACACACUCAGUUAUAUUAUAAAUUAUUUUAACAUCUUCGUCACGUCUAAUUAUUUUUGUGUGAAGAAAAAGAAAGAGUUUUGUAUAUUCUGAGAAUCCAAGUCUUUCGCAAAAUUAAUAUUUUGCAAAGGGGCCGUGAGCUAUACUAGCAAGAAAUGUGCAGCUAACAUUAUUUGUUCACGAUUAUUUUAGGUUGUGAAAUGAUAAUAGUAAGAGCAUUCUCUUCACUUUUGCGAUCUGCGAUUCUCGUUAGACGAAAUUGUAAAUUUAUCUGUUAGACUUGCAAAAGUUCGUAUGAUGUUAAAGUCUUCCUUCAUUUUGGAUCUUCUCCAUUGCUUUCAAAUGGCGGGGUACUGUUGAUUCAUUAAUUUCAAGUUGUCCUGCAAGCCUUUUUAAUGUUUGGGACGAGUUUUCGUUGAGCAAUACUUCCAAUUCGUCGUUCUCUAUAUAUUUGCGACUUUGCGAACUUUUGCAAGCACAUGAUUGUCAUCCCAUCGUACGUACUGUAUUUUGAAAACACGCAUAUAUACAUAUGUAGGUUUUUUCAGCAUAAUUUUUACGAGAUAUUAAUACUACCCGUAUUACAUGAGCUAUAAACGUUACAAGAUGUUAUUAAGUAAUAGAAUAGAAUAAAAUAAAAUCAUUGAAAACAAAUUCUAAUUCUUUUUAAAUUUGCGCUAUUUGACGAAAGGAUUUUGUGAAGCUAAUUGUGCUGCUCUUGACAGAAAUAAAACAACAUGACG